GAGUUUCAAGCAGUCGUACGAUGUCACCUUUCCACUUAUGCUCCGCCCUUUGUUUUAAUUGUUUCGCUUGUGUAACUUGUUAUAGAUGAGAAAAUCCGUUACUUUCUCUUUUUGGGAAGUUGUAUGGUUGAAUUUAGUCGGAUUGUUGGAUAGCGCGUGCGUUAGAUACUGUCUGACCACUGUAAGAUCAUUUUUCAAGGUUUGAACGGUCGCCGGGAGUAAGGAAUCUAGACUGGAGGGGAGGUAUGGCCGAGAGGCAGCCAAUGCUCUCGUUUGCUAAGGUGGUCUCGGGCCAAAUUAGCGAGACGAAUUCCGCACAAGCAGCUCCAGUUCGUUCCACAUCGCCCAGUACUCGUCCAGCCGUAGCAGCAUCCAGCCAGAAGUCUGAUCAUAGAAAUGAGAAAAGGCAUGACAAGGCUGAACGCACGGACCGACCGGAGAAAAGUGGCGUCGGUGGCGGAGGAGGCGAGAAACAAGAGAAGCACGAUAGAAAUUUCGGGAACCGUCGUCGCCCACCGAAGUACAGGGACCGUCAUGAUAAACGAGGGAAUAAGCCAGAACCAGUGAAAGAGGAGAAAGCACCUAGCGUUGAGGAGCCUGCACCUCCUCAGGAGCCUGUGGUGCUCGAGCCUGCGCCACUUCCAGCUGUAAAUGCGUGGUUUAGAAAUAAAGGUUCAACAGAUUCGACUCAUGGUAUAGAUGUGGUCACAAAUUCUAACAACGACGAACAUAAGCAUGUAGAAGAUGAAGUCGAGGUAAAGGAAGAUAAUGCAUCAUCUGCCCAAGUAGCACCAGUUGUUGAUGGAACACCGAAAACUAAAAAUGUGGAUCCUGAGUGGCCGACUUUAGACGCUGCGAAACAGGAAGAUUUAAUUGCAAAUGGAACAGAUUCUCGUCAGCAUUCCCCCACAACGGAUUCGGCAAAGGAGGACCAGGAAUCCAUAGGAAAUGGUCAAAAAUCUUCGAAAGGUAGAAGCAACUGGAAGAAAAUUGAAAUCGAUGUGGACUAUGGUAAUAAAGGAAAAGGUUCCGCUACUUCUCGAGAGAAAGGUGGCACGAAGAGGGAUGAGAAGCCAAACGGAAACGUUUUACGUGGACAUCCAGCGCUUUCUGACUCUCCUGACAUGUGUUCAGUGGAUGAAACUGAAACCUGGGUAAUUGACAACACAACGAAUGGUAUUUACUACACGCAAGGCAGUAAUCAAGGCUGGAAAAAGAACCUGAGCGGCGGCGAGGAAUCGAGCGAGUCGCAAAACGCCGGAGCCAUUGGACCAAUGUCUUCGCCAGACCUGUCCUCCACACCUGCAAAGAGUGCAUCGUCGGCGGGCGCAACUGCGAAGAAGCCACAGUCGCCCCAGAAAGAAGAUAAGCCGCAGCCGCUUGCUAAUGGAAGCAACAGACUUUCUACUGGAUCGUCCAAAGGUGUGAGGGGUGAAAUGCGCAGCUCAGGCGCCAAGUCUGACUACUGGCACAAAAAUGCUGAAAGACGAGAUAGCGACAAGCCGAGAGCGUUUUAUCAACGCAACGACAGGUAUCAAUCCCGAAAUCCUCACGCUCCUCCGAAAUUGACUCCAGCACAGCGCAAAGCUCGUGGUCCACUGCCGGAUUGGGAAGAUAUACAGGAUGGCGAGGAUAAUUUCGACUAUAUGAAUCUAAUGGACUCGCAGUACGCACAGUACUACGCAAUGUCGUCAAUACCACCCUUUGAUGGUGUGGGAGGCAUGGAUCCUCAAGUAGCUAGCAUGAUGAUACAGCAAGCUCAGCAGCAUAUGGCUGCUUUCGGUUUUCGACCAGCAAUUCCUCUGAUGCAGCCACAUAUAGUGGCUCCACCUGAGCCAGUCGGCGUUACGCCACUUCUCAGCCCUCAGGGCGCUGUGCUAACGGCUGCAAUUGGCGAUUCGAUCAACACAGCAAUACCAUUUGCACCAAUUUAUCCGACACAACCUCCAUUCGUUCCACUCAAUGAUGAAACGCUGAAGGAUUGUGUGCGCAAGCAAAUCGAAUAUUAUUUCUCUGCCGACAACCUUCAAAAGGAUUUCUUUUUACGCCGUAAGAUGAAUGCGGAAGGAUUUUUGCCGAUCACCCUCAUUGCCUCUUUCCCUCGUGUACGAUCUCUGACACAAGAUCUUGCGCUUAUCUGUGAAGGUCUACGCGAUAGCGAUAAGGUGGAAUUGUCGGAAGACGCUAACAUGGUGCGACCUCGAUUGAACCCUACUGAAUGGCCACUUACUCCUACAGUCCAUCCUGCACAGCCGACUACUAGCCAAAGUGAAAGUCCAUCCGCAUCUAAUCCAGAGUCUACGGAAUCCACAGCUACAAAAAGCAAACCCGCGCAAGAGGAUCAGCCAGCGCAAAGCAGGCAACAGAGAGAAAAUGCAACAACUGCUGAAGCAUCCACAGCUAGCACGCAAUCUAGUGCUGCUGGGAAGAAUGCAGACUUGCAACCACGAGCUACUUCUCCACCGAAGCAGCCAUCGGCUUCUGCGGAAGAGGUGGGUCAAACCAUCGGACAAAUGGGCUGGGAGGAGGUGAAACCAAAAAAGAAAGGAAAAAAUCGUAUGGAGAAGGUCACGGCAACAAAAGAAGUGAAUGCAGAGCAGGAUCUGGAUUUCCAGUUUGAUAACGAACUUGAUUCUACCACGGGAAUAACGGAAACGCCUAGGAAAGACAAGCAGAAGAGUUUUCGGUUGAGCACGCAAGACUACGAGGAGAUCGGAGAUGAUAUUGUAAACAAACUGAUUAUUAUGACUCCUAUGAAGCGAACACUGGACAGAACAGGUGAUUUCACUACGAGAUCAAAGCAUCAGGCUGAAUUCAAUGAGGAAGUGGAGCUUGGUUUGCGACGGUAUGAAGAAGAAUUAUGGAGUGCCCCGGAAAAGGAUGCAUCGGUGAAACCGAAAGUUUCGACUAUCAAUGAGGAAGAAUUUCGCUUGCUAAAGGGCGAAGAAGAUGUUUCGCAAACAACAACUCAGGGACCACCACCUGAUUUGGCGCUAAGUGCGCAGAAUACGCCUCCACCGUCAAUAUGGACGCAAAAAGCAAAGGAGCGUUCGGGUCUAAGUGUUGUGCCGAAGAGUCCGAUGCAGCGUCGUGAAUCAGCGGAGCAAAAGGUGUCGCGAUUUUAUCCGGUGGAGAAACCUGUCACUGUGAUUGAUGCUAAGUCACCUAGGAAGCAGAAAACGAGACACAGCGCUAAUCCCCCUGUGGAAAUGCCUGUUGCAUGGGUGCUAGGUCGUGAUGAUGCACCUCCACCUGCUCCUGUAGGAAUCGCUGCCAGCAGCAGUCAGAUUCCACCCGCUCAUCCAUCAGUUUCUUUACUACAAGAAAAUAAUUUUGUACAAAACGUUUAUUCGACUUGGAGACAGUCGUGUUUGAAGCAGCGAAAGAGUCUCGGUUAUGAUUGUGCCGAAAUGAACACGUUGUAUCGUUUUUGGUCAUUUUUCUUGAGGGACAAUUUUAAUAGGAAAAUGUAUGAAGAAUUUCGUCAGCUUGCUUUGGAAGACGAUGAGAAAGGUUUCCGAUAUGGAAUAGAAGCAUUGUUCCGGUUCUACAGUUACGGCUUGGAAAAACGAUUCCGGCCGGAAAUUUACAAAAAUUUUGUCAAAGAUUGCAUCUAUGAUGUGAAGAAUGGGCAAUUGUAUGGUCUAGAGAAGUUCUGGGUAUUCAUGAAACGGUGUAAAAUUGCCAAACAACUUGUCGUUGACCCGUUUUUGCAGAAGGAGCUUGCAAAAUACAAAACGCCCGAUGAUUUCUACAUUACAAGUGCCGAUGACAAAAAGAAAGUUGCUGCCGCGAAGAAUUAGACUGGUAUGCCACAAUGUGUUCCAUUUCCAUGAUUUGUAUGUUUUUUCUCUGAACUGGUUAUCUCAAAAUAGUUCGUUGUUUUGCCUUUCUAUGGCGUUGUUACCCUACGAUGGAGCUUUUCGUUGAGACGCCCUAAGUUUGGCCCAGGGAGGGGCCUGUUUCUUGUCACAAAGAGUCCUGAUGUGUAUUUUUCACCCGCUUUCCCUCCUUGGACGUCUCUGUAAAACUCGCCACGUUAGUAGAUGAAUUGAAACGUUAGCUGUCUAGAAAGCUCCCGGUUGGAAACUGAUUGUUCUCGAACGUUUGCUCCAAUCAGUGGGGUUAAAUAGUACCUCUUAGAAGGUCGUACUAGUUGUUCUGCUAUAUGUGUUCCGUUUUCCUUUGUUGAAAAUUGCGUUGAAGAUUUCUUCUUUCUUGUUGCUAACUUGAACUAUGUUCACCUAUAUUUUCAAACCACAGUUGAUUUGGGGCUUUUGAUUUCUUUCAUCAUCUAUAUAUUUUCGUCUUCACGCCCAUGUUCUAUCCCCCCAAGUCGAUAUCAUUUUGCUCAUGCAAUCAGUCUCGGUUUUGUUGAAUUCUUCCAAAGUUUAGCAUAGAUUUUCUAUCGUAAAUCACAUCUAUCGCCCACAAAUAGCACAAACACACAACAUUGUUUAUUGUCUUGAAUCCUAUUAUUUUUUGCCCCGCAAUGUUAGAAACAACUUAAAACCCCAAAAAAAUCAAUAUUAGAGAUUGAAUUGUAUUUCUAUGUAUGCGAUCUUUUUACACUUUCGUUUGAAAUAAAUAUGUGCUUCGACGGGAAAUAGUCUUCUGUACUCAUCAAAAAAAGGCUGACUGUAGUAUUGUUUCAUUCUGAGAUUGUCAUUUUCUGCAUCACUGAAGUAUUAUCCGU